ACACCACACUUUCAACACUUAAACCCUACCAAACCAAAACUCUCUAUAUAUCACCCAAACAUCCCUAUGUCUCUUUCUUUCUCUCAAUCACAAAAACAAACCCAACAACACCCUUUCUUCUUUCAAACCUUUUAUUUCUUCACCUAUAUCAUCACAUCUAUUAAUCUUCUUCCACACAUAUAUCAUAUAUUCAUAUACCUAUAUUUAUUGCAUGGACUGUUGAGAUGUCUCGCACGUGCUCACAGUGCGGCAACAACGGCCACAACUCACGGACAUGCACCGACGGUGGUGCCGCUGUUUCCGGCGGCUCCUCUCCCCGGGAGACCGGCUUCAUGCUGUUUGGCGUGCGAGUCACCGAAGGAAUUUCCUCCUUCAGGAAGAGCGCUAGCAUGAACAACCUCUCUCAAUACGACGCCGAUUCCAACACAGCCGACACCGGGUACGCCUCCGAUGACGUCGUUCACGCCUCCGGCCGCACGCGCGAGCGCAAGCGAGGUGUUCCUUGGACGGAGGAAGAGCACAGACUGUUCCUGUUAGGGUUGCACAAAGUUGGAAAGGGAGAUUGGAGAGGAAUUUCUAGAAACUUCGUCAAAACUCGCACGCCAACUCAGGUCGCCAGUCACGCUCAGAAGUACUUCCUCCGUCGCCACAACCAGAACCGCCGCCGCCGGAGAUCUAGCCUCUUUGACAUCACUACCGAUACGGUGAUGGAGUCUUCUACUAUAAUGGAAGAAGAACAAGUUCAGCAGGAAACGGCGGCGGCGCCUAUCCCGGCAGCAUAUCCGCCGUCGCAUUACGGCGGUUUCCCUGGCGCAGGUUUUCCGAUGAGUCUAUCUCCAGUGGUUUUGCCGGCAAGCAGUGAGAGGCUAGCCAAGCCGAUUAGGCCGACGCCGAUUUUGCCGGUCCCACCGUCGUCGAAGAUGGCUAGUUUGAACUUGAAAGAGAAAGCUUCUCCGACAAAUCUCAUAGAGCCUUUACCGUUGUCCUUAAAUCUGCCAUCACCGACGCCGCGGUCACAGGAUAAGUCACCGGCGGGUAGUGACCACUCAUCGCCGUCGUCAUCAUCAUCGGCUUUUCAGGCGAUAUCUGCUGGGAAGUUCGGCGGCGGUGGGGACAGUAUCAUCAGCGUUGCUUGAAAAGAAGGAAACCUAAAGAAAAUUAGCGUCAUUAAGUUACUAUUAAUCAAGUACGGUGGUGGAUAAUUUGAGUAUGUAAAUUAAUUUUACAAAGUCGGAGAUGUAUCCAAGAAGGGGAAAAUUGAAAAUAUGUGUUGGAGAUUUAUUGAUUACUAAAGAUAAAGAUAAUAUCGGUAGGAGGGAGGGGAUAUUUGAAUGAAUGAAUGAGUAUGAUUAUAAUUAUGAUUUGAAGAAAAGAAAAAAAAAAGAGUAUGUUAGGCUAUAUAGGUAAUUAGCAAAUUAAAUUGCUGGUUUGCAUUGAAUGUACAGGUUUAGAAAUGAAUUAGAUAGAUGGGUUGUCACACUCUCUAGCUGUCGGGGGAUUCUUGUUUCUAUUUGUAUGGGGGAGUGUGACAUUGAAAUGAUAGCGCACCAGGUACUCUUUAUAUGCUAUUGGUCUCUCUCUGUAUUGCAUUGCCAUUGGGGUCAUUAAAAUAUCACUGCUAGCUUAGACAAACGAAUAUAUUAUGCUCA